AACACAAUAAAAAAAUUGUGUUAAAAAAGAAUUAUAACUAUUCAAGCAUCCAAAUUGUGCCGCAAUUGGAAGCGGGACUGGGGGUGAUCAGCACUGUCAAGGGGCCUCAGCUUAGAAAAAUUGAGGACUCAAAAUGCAUAGAAUUUAUUGUACUGAAUACAUUUGUGAGAAUAUCAAGACCAGUGGUACAGGAACUAUUUUACAUUAUUUUUCAAAUUAUAGUUUUGUUCCCCUUAUAUCAGAGAGGUAAAUUUUCUCCGCUCCCAUAUCUGAUGACACUGCAAAGACUUAAGGUAAAUUGAAAAAUAUUGAAUAUUCUAAUUCACUGUAAAUAUUAAUAGAGCUAAUAACAUCAGAGUUUAAAUUGUGUAUCAUAUUUAUGGAUUUUAUAUUAUAUUUAGUGAUAACUAACACAGGAUGAUAAUGAAACUAUCAUUAAUUUCAGCCAUGAUAACUGCUCCGAAAAAUUAGCUCACGUUGCUGUCGCGAUCCUCUCAUAUAUAUAUCUGUGAUAGAAACGAAUGUGUUAUCAAUGUUAUCAUCACAUUCCAAUCCAAUCACGUGUUGGUUGCAUGUAACUAAGGAAACGUAUUUUGACUGUGGAGAGGGGGUGGGUAUUGUGAUAUUUUGAAAAUUUAAUAAAUUGAUCAAACUAUAGGACAUCAUGAACUGUGAAGAACAUGAUUUAAUAUUAAUAUUAUUUUCACCCUGAGAUUUACAUUACGUCGUGUAAAAAAUUUUUUGUUUUGUGAAAUAAACUGUUAUCUGGUUAGAAAAAUGGGUCGCUUUGCUACUGUAGCUGUAAGUUGUUUGAAUCAGUGGGCUUUGGAUUUCGAUGGUAAUAAGCGUCGUAUAUUGCAAAGUAUUGAAACUGCUAAGCUAUUCAAUGCAACAUACCGCAGUGGACCUGAACUUGAAAUAUGUGGCUACAGUUGUGAGGAUCACUUCCUAGAGAGUGACACCCUUUUGCAUUCAUGGCAAGUUCUGAUUGAUAUAAUGAUGCAUCCAUCUUCAUCAGAUAUUUUGAUUGAUGUUGGUAUGCCAGUAAUGCAUAAAAAUUCUACUUACAAUUGUCGAGUUGUAUUCCUCAACAAACGUAUUUUGUUGAUCAGACCUAAAUUACUCAUGUGUGAUAGUGGUAACUAUAGAGAAUCUCGUUGGUUUACUCCAUGGAAAAAAACACAUUCCAUAGAAGAUUUUUAUUUGCCUCGAAUUGUGCAGGAACUCACUGGCCAAACUAUUGUACCUUUUGGAAAUGCUAUAAUUGCUACUGUUGAUACUUGUAUUGGUUAUGAAAUUUGUGAAGAACUGUGGACACCGAAUAGUACUCAUAUUCCAUUAUCUAUGGAUGGUGUUGAAAUAAUUGUAAACAGUUCUGGUUCUUAUAUGGAAUUGCGUAAAUCUUCAAUUAUUUUGGAUCUAAUUAAAUCUGCCACUUUUAAAAAUGGUGGUUGUUAUUUGUACAGUAAUCUUAGAGGAUGUGAUGGCCAACGUGUUUACUUUAAUGGUUGUUCAAAUAUUGUGAUGAAUGGUUCUCUUAUUAAAAUAGGCUCUCAGUUUAAUAUAAAAGAUGUAGAAGUGACUUGUGCUACAAUAGAUUUAGAAGAUAUUCGUAGUUAUAGGAAUGCUAUAAGAUCUCGAUCCAGCUUUAUUUCAGAGCCUUACCAUAGGAUAAAUGUGUUAGACUUUAGUUUAUCUAGGGAAAUGCGCAAAACACCAGAUCCCAUUUUGACUGAUUUUAAAUGUUUAUCUCCUGAAGAAGAGAUUACCUUAGGUCCAGCAUGUUGGCUUUGGGAUUAUUUGAGACGUUCUAAACAAGGUGGAUACUUUUUGCCAUUGAGUGGUGGUGUUGAUUCAUCAAGUACAGCAUGUAUAGUAUUUUCCAUGUGCAAUUUAAUAUAUCAGGCGUGCAAAGAUGGUGAAACACAAGUUUUGAAUGAAGUGCGUGCUAUUGUUGGUCAACCUAAUUAUUUUCCUUCGAAUGCAAGAGAACUAUGUAAUCAGUUGUUAACAACCUGUUAUAUGGCUACUGAAAAUUCGUCUUCACAAACAAAAAAACGAGCUGAAGACUUAUCUUCUCAAAUAUUUAGUUACCAUUUGAGUGUUGUUAUUGAUAAAGCGGUCUCUGCAGUAAUAUCUAUUUUUGUCGGUUUAACUGGUAAAACACCACAGUUUUCCAUUUAUGGUGGAUCUCCCCGUGAAUCGCUUGCCUUGCAAAAUGUACAAGCUCGGUUGAGAAUGGUUUUAACAUACUUAUUUGCUCAAUUAAUGUUAUGGGUGCGAGGCCGACAAGGCGGACUUUUAGUCUUGGGUUCAGGCAACGUCGAUGAAGCACUUAGAGGGUACAUGACAAAAUAUGACUGUUCAAGUGCUGAUGUGAAUCCAAUUGGUGGUAUUUCAAAAUCAGAUCUUAAAAUGUUUCUCAGAUAUUUUAGAAACAAAUAUUCAUUAUCUGCAAUAGAUGAUAUUAUAAACGCUACACCUACAGCAGAAUUAGAACCAUUGGUUGCUGGACGCACUUCACAAUCUGACGAAGCAGAUAUGGGCAUGACUUACGAUGAGCUCAGUGUUUAUGGAAAGUUAAGAAAACAGAACUAUUGUGGUCCAUAUAGUAUGUUUUGUAAAUUGUUGUUGUUAUGGGGUGAUAAGUAUACAGCUGAACAAAUUGCAGAAAAAGUAAAACACUUCUUUAGGUGUUAUGCCAUAAAUAGACACAAAAUGACUAUCUUGACUCCUAGCUAUCACGCUGAAGCAUAUGGUCCAGAUGACAACCGUUUUGAUCAUCGGCCAUUUUUAUAUAAUGUUUUAUGGCCAUGGCAAUUUCGUUGUAUUGAUCAAAAAAUAGAAGAAUUCAAUGACAAAAAAAGUGAAGUUCCUAGGUACCAAAUAUCUUUUGAAUCUAAUAGAAAUGGAAAAUAUGCUGUGAAUGUGUAAUAGAAUUUUUGAUGUUCAUGUAAAGUAUUGAACUGUAUUAACAUUAAUUUUGACAUUCAAAUAACUAUUAACUUAUAGAAUUUUUUCUCUUUUUUU